AGACAUCUGCUUUACAAAUCCUUGCAAAGUAUUAAAGAUAAGGGGGAGGGAUAAAGGGAAGGAAUAAUCCUUGUGAUACAUACGCUGUAAGGUAUAAUUUAAUCAGGUAUUUUCUCACAUCCUAAUUUGUACUAUUGAUUUAUGUGACUGUGUUUAAUGAAUACUUUGUUUUUCAUUGCUUAGAAGCAGUUAACAGACACACUUGUUAUAUAUGAACAGUAAUCACCUGCUGAGAAUUAGUGAGAAUUCACUCACUGUUAGCGUCAUUAGUGAGACACUGACUGAUUUGUCAGUGUCUUCUGACAGGGACGUUUGUCUGUGCCAAGCUUGUUAAUAAAUGUCAUUUUACAAAGGAUGUUUGAAAAUGUAAAUAUAUCUCUGUACUUCUGCUCAGUUGUUCACUGAUUUAAAAAAAAAAAAAAGAAUCUGAUUGAUGGGGGUAGGAGAGGCUUCUGGUUUCGGUUCUCUUCAGCGCUGGAAUGAAGUGCAAUUAUAGCACUUAGUCACUCCAUUUGCCCAGAUGCCUUACUUAGCCUUGGGUACUCCUAAAAAAUCAGUUGAUAUGGUUUUAUUGUAUGAAUAGCAGUAGCUUUAAGGCUUGUACAAACAAAUUAUUUUGUUGCAAAGUCAUUUGUUGUCGCUUACCUCUUUUUCAUUGAGGUGAAUGGAAACUGAACUUAUUCCGUGUGCUUGUGUGUAAUUAAAUGUCGCUUAAGUUGGGCAAAACAUGCAGCUAAUCCCUAAAAUAUCUUUUACGGGGUAUGCAUUAGUUUUCAGCUACUUCUAAUACUUUGAAGAACUUCAUGGAAAUUAUCUAAUCUAUGAAACUGAUACUGUUUGAAUUUAUACAGAGCGCACUAGCCAUGUUUAGAAAGUUGAAAACCUUCUGUGGUUUGGAGUUUUAAAGUAAUUGGUUAAAGGUGCAGAUAAAUAUUAAAAAAACGCAGAAGUAAUAGGCAAUGAACAUUCUGUUCCCGGAAGUUUUUAUGCAAUACCCAUUGGUCUUGGUAGGAUUUCUGUGAAAUUAUGUCUUUUUUUCUAAGAAAAAGAUUAGAAAUCGGAUAAGUUUCCUAUGAUGAAAUUCUCAAACAUUGUUUUUAUGACUGACUGUAUAUAUCAGUCUAGUUCUGUUUGUCCUUUAUUUCUCUCUCAAACACGCUACUAAGGGUUCGGCAUAGAUCUGGUGAUCUUGCUUGAACAAAACACAGGUAGUUAUCAGUGAUAAUGAGCCCACUGUCUAGAAGUAAUCAGAUUUGUCUCAACUGCAGUAUUUUUCUCAUACACAAACUGCAGAAGGACAUUGUACUGGUAGUUUGUCCUUUGAUCUGUUGAAGUGUCUUAUCUUUCAAUUAAUGAAAUAUGUGUACCAUGCAAGCAAUAUUCCUAGCGUCACCUGUGACCGACAGAAGUUGUUAGAAGGUAUUGCACAGUGGAAUAUUAUUGCACAAAGCAUAAAUGAUAACUGAGCAAAAGCACAAGUGAGGCUUGUAUAAUGGUUCAGGAGCAGACUGUAAGUAUUGGUAUUUUGGAAUCCAAAUUUCCGGCAAAGUGCUGGACCUAUACAGAGUCCAACAGAAGGCAGAGUAAGUGAGUAAUGACGUUUAGAGAAAAAACUCUACUUCUAGUUUAGUUAAAUUGCUUGAGGCAGCUGAAUUAGAACUUAAUGUGUUUUGUUUCUUUAAUCAAUUCGCAAGGCGUAGGCAACUGUCACAAUUCAGGCGGCAAUUAGAGGAUUUUUAAUCAAACUUCACAGAAGUCCUGGGCAAGGCAGAUGUUGGAUUUCAUCAGAGAAAGAGGAGUGGAAAAAUUAGAUGGCUGGGCUUCAUAUGCCUGCUCCAGGGAAACACGGAAAGAUGUAAGGGUGGAGGCGAAGAUGGUGGAAGAUCAUUUUCAAGUGCAAGACUGGAUGGCAGAAAUUAUAUUAUCCAUUUCCAUAUCUGGCCCUUUGUCCAGAUUCUGCAUUAAAAAGCAUGGGAAAAACCUUCUGCUCUACUCCUAGAUUCUGUUUAAAUUCUAGCUGAUGUCCUUUGAGUGAUGUGCUACCACAAGUCAAAAGAAAAAGGUAAGAUGAUGUGGAUAAUUUGUAGUUUACUGUGGUGACACAGUCUCACACUGUGUCCUGAACAGUGCAGAGGAAUUACUCCUCUGUGAACAGGGAAAGAAGCCGCUUUGGAUAGCGGUUAAGGCUUGUCUGCCCUUUCCAGGCCAAGAGUAGACCCUGAAAGCCUGCCCUCUGCCUGCAGUGCAAAAGGCUGGUCUGAUCCUUUCCAUACUUUUAGGGCAUUUGUGCUCAUGCAUCCUUUCAUGGUACAGAAAAAGGUGUCUUGUCUGCAGGAGGUACAUUGCUCUCCUGAUGGUUAAACGGUCUAGAACUGGAUGCUUCAUAUAAGCAGUUCCUGUCACAACCCUUGAUUUCACAAGUAGUUCAUGCUGUAAGUGGGCAUGCUGCACAAAGCUGUCCCUAAGCUGUAUUUCAGUCUCACAUUACUCCCCAGAGCAAAACUGUGAUAGACCUAUGCUUCGCAGUUACGUGGUCAUUCAGAAGUCUCAGACACCAUUUUCUAGGAAGUAAGAUAAAGUUAUUGCUCCUACCCACAUCGAUGGAUGACGAGUGUGAGGAAUACAGUUAUAAAGCUCAUAAAAUGAUAUCACUGUAGGCAGUGUUAUUUCUUAUUGGUGAAAAAGAGGAGUGAGCCACCGCAUGACAAUGCGAAAGGUUUCUUCCAGUAAUGGGGUUAUCUUCUCCUGUCAUUCUUUUAGUCAGCUGUAAUUUCUCUGUAGUUAUGUUUCUCUGCAAGUGGUGGUAACUUUUUCAUUCUUCUAUCAACUGCUUAAAACGUAAUACAGAAGUUCUUUCAAAAUCUGCAUGUGUUUGACAAGCUGGGACUAAAAUUAAGAGUUUUCAUUUCAACAGUGAAACAAAUACAACUAGAGGAGACUAUUUCCCUAUGUGCAGCCAAAGAAAACAGGGAAAAAGUAGGAAAAGCUUUACAUCCUGGUUGGGUGUGUUCUCUCCUUUCAGGAAGACCAUAGCCAAUCUCUAAAUUGGUAUUUCUGUGUCCUAUAAAAUGUUAGAAAAUUAAUAGGGGGAAGGAAUGAAUUUUUCAGUAAAAACUGGAAUAUGAUACGGUAUAAUAAUGCUUUAGUAACUUUGACUGAGGUCAGUCUUUUUCAUGUCCACCUAUGUGAGACAAAUCGUAAGAGAAACUUACAGUUCUAGAGGUACUUAAUACCCCCCAAAAAGAUGCAGAUAAUUGCAGAGACGUUUGGGCUGUAUUUGCUAAAAGGAAGGCAGGUUAAAUCAGAUUACUAGUCUGAUUUUGUACAAAUGGUGGAAUGGUGACUGUGACUCUUUGUUAUUCAGCUGCCAUUCUGAGAAGCGUUUCUUUGUUGAAUCUAAAAAGAUGCCAGCCCUCUUCAGCUGAGAGAGCUGAUGCUCCACAUCUCAUAGAAUACUCCACAGAUGGCAUAUUUCAGAUAACUACAAGGAACUGCAUGCAGCUACGGCUGGUCUCCAGUGCUGUCUGUUGGAAAGUAAUGUAGUGAAGAUACUAUUCUACAAAUAUUGGUAAUUAAAAAAAGCUGUAAAGAUCAUAAUUAGUAAUAGCAUAAAGUACUGGCCACAGUAUUCUACUGUGAUGAAUUUUUGUCCUUGCUAUCAAUUCUCCCAUAGUAUGGUCAAAAACUGAAGAAAAUGUGUAUUUGACCCAAGUUCUCUAUAAAGAAUUCUUGUCAUCUUGUGUCACUGUAUUCAGAGAAAAACUAGGAGGCUGAUUUAGAUUACAGUGUUUACAUACUAGGAGGAAGAAGGACAAUUUAAGCUCUAGUCCACGUUCUAAUGCUUGGGAACUGUAGGGCUCAAAUAAGUGGCAAUAUAGCAUAUAUCAAAGCUUUAUCUCUCCUACUGUUGGCUGACAGUUACAGUUCUACUGCGUAGUCUAAUCACAUUCCUAGCUUUUCUGAUUAGACUUCAUUUCCCUUUUCUCCGUUAUCAGGGGGGCAAUGUUCAGCACCAGUUCUUGGAGUAGACUAGAUGGAAAUGACUGAUAAGGCCAUACUGCAUUCUUUCAAAAAAGCUCUGCUUCUGGUUAACUCUGUAUACCCAGUGAGCAAUUCUUACACUAAAUGCUUGAAGAGUCAGUUAAAUAAAAAUGAGUGAUAUAUAACGUAUGCAGUAGUUUAAUGAUACGAAAGGGGCAAGUAGGUGGAAUAUCAGGAAAGAAACUCCUCAGUGGACAGUGGAGCACCCAGUGGGUUGUAUAAAGUCUUCCUGAGGAGAAGGUAGAAAUCUGUUGGGGGAGGAAGGGGUUAGGAAUUAAUUUGGUAUUGGGAUUAAAAAUAAUUUUAAAACCUCUUGAUGGGGACAGUCUUGCACUAGCAGAAGUAACAUACCUACAUGAAAACUUGUAGCCACAUCUCUGUAUUAAUUUGCAGAUACAAUGCAAUGGUUGUAUUGAUUGCAAUCUUGUGGUCUUUCAAUUCAUCUUUUAAAAAGGAAAGUCAAAUGUGUGUUAUGCCAUGCUCAUGAGUCCUCAUUUUAACCAUAAGUGCCUGACUUAAUAUCUUUAAAAUUUGAGAUCCAAUGCCCAAACCUGUUAAACAAUAAAAAAAUUAAUGUAAGAACAUGUGAAAAGUUGUGUUGCAAGACAUACAUUUAUUAAUUUAUUGUGAAACACUUCUAAUGAUACAUUUCAGAGGCAUUUUAUAGUCACUUAACUUAAAGCUUGACCUAAGAGUUCAGUAGUUUCUUUCAUAAUACAGUAAUAUACAUAAUACAGUGCACAGUACAACAGUACUACAAUAGAAGCGAGAAUGUAUGCUUUACUUUUUAUAUAAAGUUAGUUGUGUUUUUGAAGAAUCCUCUGUCUUUUAAAGAACUAGAUCACAUGACUUUAUUUUAUAAUACAGAAAUAUUUUUAAUUUACUGCAUGGUUUUUAUUUAUGGUUGAUUGUAUUGGUUAUCUGGAGAUUUUGAAUUGUUUAUAUUAAUUUUUUUAUUUACAUAAAAUUGAUUGUGAUACAUUAUUUUGCCAUAUCAUUGUGAAGAACCUGAAAAUAAAGGGUGAUAAGAUACUUAUUUUUAAAAAAUCUUUACUUUUGUAGGCUGUCUCAGCUGUAGGGCAAAUUGUCAAUUCCGUUUCUCUAAAGUGAAUUUUUAAAGUUAAUUGAUGAACAUGAUUCAGUCACAUGUUCCACUACUACUGGAAAAAAAAAUCACCUGUUAAGUUCUGAAAUUUCUGUGACGUACAUUCCUGAAAGAUAUCAUCAAAGCAAUAUGCAGAAUAUAUUAAUACUUGGUAUUCGGUUGUAUAUGCAUCUGAAUUUUGAGGUUUACUUCUAUUUGCUUUUCUUGCUAGUUUCUUUUUAAGAAUGGUAUGGCUCAGAAGUGGGGAAAAAAAAGAAGUGAUUUACCCAGGUAGGGAAGAUUACUCAUAUAAUGUUAAAAGAAUGAGACCGACAGCAAUAAAUAGAAAUAAAUAUAUUUAUUUACCAGGAUGUGGUUCCGUGGUACAGAAGUUUUCCAGGUAAAGUAAUCUGCCAAUCCGAGGAUCAUAAGUAAAGAAGUACAUGGCGUAACCUACAGUGUAACUCCCCUGAAAGAAGAAAAAUAUUGGAACAUACUUCCAACACGUGGAGAGUCUAAGAAGCAAAGCUCAGCUAUGUGCUGAUGCUAAGCUACGGUCAAGAAGACAGACUGUUAUCAAAAGCAUUUUAGAAGUUAUUUUAUUGUUUAUAUUACCACAGCAUUGAUGAGCAAGUGUACAGACCAAACAAGUGCGGACUGCACAGCAGUUGAUGACUUUCAGGCCUGUCUGGGUAAUACAGACAACUUCUGUCCAACUAAUAUUUCUUGUCAAUGUAAAGAUGAAAAACCUUUUUGCAGAUGUAAUUACUACAGAGUGGGCUGGAGGGAAUAUUGGUACAUGGGUCCCAAAUGCAAUCAACUUUGGAACACGCUGGAUUUGAUUUUAGUAACUGUUCUUCCUGCAGUGGCAUUGUCUUUCGUAGUUGGUGUAAUAUGUCAGUGUGUGCACUACUGUAAAGGUAAAAAAGCCAGCAGGAAACGGACACAUCUUCCAUACCACGAGUCACGGCAUAACCCUGCAUAUACUGCUGAACUCGAUGGUAACGUGGGACAUGUUUCUCAGCAGCUGCCAAGGGAUGUCGGGGUUGGACAAAAUAUGAGAAUGCCGAAAGUUCAACUGACAAGACAAGAUUUUGAUCAGCACCCAACCCCAAGUCAGUUAGAAGAUUACAGGCCCAUGCCAUUGCAACCUCAUCAAUAUGAUAGAUUUGUCUAUCCAAACAAUAAUUUGCCUUAUGCAGAUUAUGCAGAGGAGAGACAAUAUCCGAAAUAUGGUGUAGCAGUGUUUCCUAGAUCUGAAAUGUCUCACAAUGCUGCAGGACCAAGGGAUAAUCCAAAUGAUGGGAGAUCAGUAAGACCUUAUGGGCUAGGACACUCAGGAAAUAGAUACAACUACUAGAAAUCCUUAGAAAUUCUUGCAAAGAAAAGGUAUAGAAGAUAAAUAUAAAACAAAACAUGGUGUUUAUGAAAAUACCAUCUGAUUUAUUUACUGUGUAAUUGAUGAUAAUUUAACUUUUUUUGAAUGCUGGAUUUUACAUUUAGUUCAUAUCGCUGCUUCUAAGCAGUGCUUAAAUUCUUGCCCGUCUCUCAGGAGCCCUGGAUUCUUUUGUGAUUAGCAGUGUUGUCCUCUGCCUGAAUGACGAGAAGUACCUAUCACAAAAAGCUUUUUCUCAGGAAAACUCACGAGAAGGGAAAAAAGCCUUCUCAAAACUCAGUACGAGAAAUGACAAACGUGCAUGCUAAUCAUCCUUCUUCCCUGUGUUGCUUCCCAACAAAGGGAAGGUUUAAAUCAUCAUGAAAUAGAAAGGGGGGAGGGGAGGCAUUUCUUCUUGUUUCACAAGAAGUCUUCUUCAAAGAUAGCUUCUGCCAGAUAGUUUUUGCUUCUCAGUGUCUGUUUGGCCCAUACUUUUAUUUGUAACGUUUGCUGCGCUCUGUGUUAUGAUCUCUGUCUGCAUUUUUCUGGUUACUCAUCUAAUGCCUUUACUAGGACCAUGAAUUCCUCUGUUGAAAAUUACAAAGGUUCUUCAGGACAGCAUAGCAUGCAGUCUGCUGUUUCCUGACUCUGACUUUUAUUUGUUUUUUCCCUUAAAGAACCAAUAUUUAAGGAAUGAAAACCACAAAUUAGAUACAAUUUUGAACGUGCUUAGUAAAAUCUGUAUUCUUGUACAUGGAUGACGUACAGCAUUAGGUAGAGGGGAAGGCUCUGUUCUCAGGCAUUGCCACUCAGUCUCACUGACUCCGGUAGCAUUGUACAAAUGUAACCAAGGCACUCGGCUUUCCCGUGUUCCAAGAUACAAUCAAAUAGUAAAGUACUGACUGUAGCAACCUGAGCCUGUGAACGCAUUCCUUUGUCCUGUGUUUCUUUUUCACUUUGUUUCUUCCUUAAAUAGUUUUUUCUUUGAUCCUAACAGUUCAAAUGUUUUGCCUUUUGAAAUACAGUGGCUUUCAUUGUAACCUGUUUUAUCAAUAAUGGAAAUAAAAUGUGGGAAAUCAGCUAGCUUACAAUU